AUGGUUCUAGCGCCCUGCUUCGAUCCUAUUCGAGUGUCACGUCCCAGUCCAGACCAGUACCUGCGCAAGGGAGGAGGCCAGCCGCUUCUGGGGGCAACCACCCGUGACACUCCUGCCACGCCCUCCCCCGCCCUUCGGGGCCCUGGUGUCGGAAGCGCCGCACCACCGCCACUCAGAGCCUCCCAGGGCACCCACUCCCUCCGUUUCCGGCGUCUGUACCAGCGGGCAGACCUCCCCAUCGCGGUGGAGCAGGAUCGGCCCGGCAGGACGGGGCUGCGCUGGACCCAGCCCCUGGACCAGCUGGACGUACCGGCCCUGCUCCCCAUCUUCGUUGACGGCCUCAUUGAGGAGCAGGAGCCGUACCGCAUGCUGGCCGAGGCGGGCACCACCGCCCUCAUCGCCCGGGGAGGGGAGGCCGUCCCGCAGUGCAUCCCCCAUCUCAUUGUCCCGCUGAAGGCGGCGCUUUCCUCCGACCGGCCGCGCACCGUCCUGCGUGCGCUGAGCACGCUGCGCGCGCUGGCGCUGAGCUCGCCCGCCGCUGGCGUGGCGCUGCUGGGCUACCACCGCCACCUCCUGCCGGUCCUGGACAGGCGAGGCCGGGGGGUCGUUGCCACGGCGGGGCCGCAUGCGUGCGUGCCUGCCUUGCACCCUGCCGGGUACAUGCACCAUGCGAGGUGCCCCGGCGCGUCGAUCGCUGGAUCGGGACACGAGAUGCAGGACGCAGUGUGGCAGACGCUCGGCACCCUGGACGCCACCGCAGGGAGGGACGCGCUGCGGUCCAUCCAGUACUUCAUCCCCGUGUACCACCGCAUCUGA